CGCGAGGUUUCCAUCAUUGCCGGGUUGUCACUCUCGGUAAAGGCGCUGGUAUCUUUUUGGUGAUCUCUGGGUGCUGUUGCUGAUUUCUUAGCUACCGCUGAGGCGUCCGAACGGAUUUAAUCCACUCAACGUGCAGCUGUCUGGCUCCUUCUGUCCCGCCUCUGCCGCAUUGAGCCGCGCCCCGGCCCCUCCUGUCAAGACAUGGCCGACCCUAAAUACGCCGACCUGCCAGGCAUAGCCAGGAAUGAGCCUGAUCUCUAUGAAACAAGCGAUUUGCCCGAGGAUGAUCAAGCCGAGUUUGAUGCGGAGGAGCUUACUAGCACUAGCGUAGAACAUAUUAUUGUCAACCCCAAUGCAGCUUAUGACAAAUUUAAGGACAAGAAAGUUGGCACCAGAUGUUUAGAUUUUUCAGAUCGGAUUACCAAAUCCAAGAGAACAGGCUACGAAUCUGGGGAGUACGAAAUACUCGGAGAAGGCUUAGGUAUAAAAGAAACUCCACAGCAGAAGUAUCAGCGGUUGCUGCAUGAAGUCCAGGAACUGACACAAGAAGUGGAAAAGACACAGAGCACAUUGAAAGAAUCUGCCACUGAAGAAAAACUGACCCCGGUUGCAUUAGCCAAACAAGUAGCUGCCUUAAAACAGCAAUUAGUGUCCACUCAUUUAGAGAAACUGCUGGGCCCAGAUGCUGCCAUCAACUUGACUGACCCAGAUGGUGCCCUGGCAAAGCGUUUACUGACUCAGUUGGAUGCUGCCAAAACUAGAAAAGAUCCAGAAGGAAAAAGCUCUGCAAAAGGUCCUGGGCCAGAUAAUGAGAACUUGGUGACAUACGAGUUGCAUUGUCGUCCUGAGCAAAACAAGUUCUCCCAGGCUGCAAAGAUGGCUGAGCUAGAGAAACGCUUGGGGGAGCUUGAGGCUGCUGUGCGUUGUGAUCAGGACACUCAGAAUCCCCUCACUGUGGGACUUCAAGGAUCUUGUUUGAUGGACACGGUUGAAAUUCUACAGGCUAAAGUCAAUCUGUUAGAUGUGGCAUCUCUGGACCAAGUCGAGGCCAGACUACAGAGUGUCUUGGGGAAAAUGAAUGAAAUUGCCAAGCACAAAGCCACCAUUGAGGAUGCCGACACUGAAAGCAAGGUGCACCAACUCUAUGAGACAGUGCAGAAGUGGGAUUCUAUGUCUAUCACUCUUCCACAGGUUGUCCAGAGACUGCUAACGUUAAAGCAGCUUCAUGAGCAAGCCAUGCAGUUCGGGCAGCUCCUCACCCACUUGGACACAACACAGCAGAUGAUAUCAAAUUCUUUGAAGGACAAUACGAAUGCAUUAGCCAUGGUCCAGAAGGCCAUGAAGGAGAACCUGGCUACUGUGGAAGACAAUUUUUCCAGUAUUGAUGGCAGAAUAAAGAAACUAAGCAAAUGAGCUGCACUUCUUCACUUCAAACCUCAUUCCCUAUAAUAUCAAGAAAAGAAGAUUUUCUGCAGACUCUGCACUAAGAAAUCUAUUCCCUCCCCUACAAAAGAGAGGUUUUACCAUUGUACAUAUGUCUUGUUACUCCCCCCCCCCCACGGUCUCCUAAGAAUGGUUUCUUCUGUACCCGCUCAUGCAUGGAAACUUACUGGGGGAUAUUUAUAAACACUGGGCAGUAACCUAUGGCAACCAAUCAGAUGAUUGCUUUCAAUGUUCAACCUGCAGCUGGCUGAAAAAAGCUGAUCGCUGAUUGGUUGCUAUGGGUUACUAUUCAGGGGCAUAGUGUUUAUAAAGGAGCCCCACCGUCCCUUCAUUUCAGGUGCUCAUUCACAUCUGAUUUCUUAGGAAACCUUCGUGUAUUUUUCAGGGUAUUAUGUUUGCAUGCCGGUACAUGCGAUGCACCAAUCAGAGGAGAACGUCCAUAGACCUUUUAUUUAUAUAUAUAUUGUUCUUAUCACCUUUCUUUUGUGGCCAUCAGUGCAUAGAGUAAACUGUAAUGCCCAGCCGAGAGACGUUCAUUAACCUAAUUAAUUAAUAAUGCCUUACUCUAACCAGCCACCUGAUCAUUGCUCUCACUAAAUUAUACUUCUUAACCUGCCUACACUUUAUAGCCUCUUACUGCUUCUUAUAAAACUGAUCUUUCAAAAAGAUUUGUGUGCAUUUCUGUUCUAUUUUUUUUAUUUUGUAUACAGACAGAAAUUAAUCAUUUUGGACUCCUGUUCUGGCCCAUUUCAGUGCACUUCAUGCCGGAGUCGGGUGUCAGAUGAAUGAUCCAAUAUAUCUUAUGCCUUGAAGAUGUAUUAGAGCUCACUCUAUUAAAAUCACCAGACAUCAUGUCUCUCUACAUGCAGAAUUUAUUUUGUUAGAUAUUGUUUGUACUGGAAUCAGUUAUUCGAGUGAGCUCUAAUUCAUCUGCUAGGAAAGAAAGCUCCCCUAUAAGAUAUAUUGGAUCAUUCAUGUGAACAUAAACUUGUUUAUUUCAGAAAAGAUGCAGAAUAUUUAAUUGAUUCUAUUUAGAAAGUUUCUUAUAUGACGAAGCUUUUAUUUUAUUUUCG